AUGGAAUCGAGUUCCAGUUCCAGUAGCAACUUGGCUUGCGAUGCGUGCCGAAUCAAGAAGCUGAAGUGCUCCAAGGAUCGCCCGACUUGCACAGCUUGUGUCCAAAACCGCCGACAAUGUCACUAUAGUGGCAAGGUGGUGCGUUCGCCACUCACCAGACAGUACCUAACAUCUGUUGAAAGAAGACUCAACUAUCUAGAGAAGCUGGUGGCACAGAAACUACCGGAUCUAGAUGUUGAUGAAGCCCUGGCUGGUAUUGCCACUACAUCUCCAGCUACCCCGCCGGCUCAAGUGAAGACACUCGCUUUCCCCUCAGACCAGCGCAGGCACGCUGCCGCCGGUGGAAGCUCGAGUAGCAAGGAACAGACAGCACAUGAGUCGAUAUCUGAGGCCGUCCCUGAGCAAGCAGAUGGAUUCGACUGGCAGGAAGAAGCAAACGACUUGGUGGAUGGCAUGGCGGCGCUGGCAGUGGAACCCACGGGCACGGGUUAUUUAGGAUCUACUGCCGGAGUGUACUUUCUCCGAGCUUUACUAACAUGGAUCGCGGGCAGAAGGGCUGUCUCUGAUCCGUUCCAGCCUGCAACUGCUUCGCCGAGGCAUUUCAAGCCGUCGCCAACGUCGUCAUCGCAUAUACAGCAUUCUCUUGAGUCUGGACAUAUGGCGAACCAAUUACUCGAUGCGUAUUUUUCUGUAUACCACGUUUCCUAUCCGUUCAUUCAUGAAGCAACCUUCAUGGCUCAGUACCACCAACUCAUCCCUCGGCCCAAUCAGCAAUCCUGGCAAAUGUUACUGCACACGGUCUUAGCCCUAGGAGCUUGGUGUCUUGAUAAUGAAGAGAGCGAAGUUGAUGACUACCUGUACCAUCGAGCGCUUUCAUUUCGUGAGGAUGAGUCCUUGUUUGAAAGCGCCAACUUGACGCUGGUCCAGGCUUUGUUGCUUCUAUCCAAUCUGAGUCAAAAACGAAACAAGCCGAACACUGGAGGUAAUUUCCUAGGCUUAGCGACACGUAUGGCUUUAAGCUUGGGGCUGCAUCGUGAACUCCCGGAUUGGAACAUCAGCCUUCUUCAGAGAGAAAUGAGACGACGCGUUUGGUGGGGGCUAUUCCUUUUUGAUAGUGGCGCAUCAACAACGUUUGGUAGACCUAUUCUGCUUCCCGAAGGAGAGGCUAUGGAUGUUAAACAUGUUCUUAACAUUCACGACGAACAAUUGACUCCCCGGACUGUGGACAUGCCAGAAGAGUCCAGCCAGCCGACACGAUACUCCAGCAUCAAAUGCCAGAGUGACUUCCAUCUUCACUCAAACCACAUUUCCAACAGGCUUCUCGCCACGUCUGGUAUUUCGUCUGAAGAAGCCUUGCGGCUGAACCAUUCGCUUGAAACAUGGUCGGACACCUUGCCUGCAUAUUUCAAGAUGACGCAGGACCCCGUCAGUUUGGAGCCCUCCUACUUGUUCGCAAGGUCACGGCUAUGGUGGCGCAUCUGGAACUUGAGAAUUAUUCUGUUUAGACAGAUUGUUUUGAGUCGUGCCAUGAAAAGGACGCGAGACCGUUCCACCCUUGUGUCCUCGGACCCAGACAACAAGUGCAGAGACUUGGCAGUCCAGGCGGCGCAUGCAACAAUUUCGUCAAUAAGCCAAUUUCUUACGCAGACGCCAAUGACUCGACUGAUAAAUUGGUACGCUACAUACUUUCUAUUCCACGCGUCUCUAAUCAGCGCCCUUGCCAUCUUGGGCGACUUGGAAUCUCCUGAAAUCACUGCAUGGCAGGCUGAUGUCGACUUGGCGAAUAACACAUUUCGCACAAUGCUGACGAGCAAUCCACUUGCGUCUCGCUGCGCCGAUAUUCUAGCCCUCAUCGUACCGCCACAAGUUGAGCAGACAACCAGCCCCAUCAUUGGCGACGAACAGUUUUAUCGAGACGAGCUGGACUUCUCAACCUGGCCAAUGGAUCCUGCUGAUGUCUUUAACUCUUUGGGAUGGACUGAUUUCGGGCAGGGAGUGUAG